AACCGCGCGGGGAGGCAGAGACGCGCAGAGGCGCUCCGAGCGAGAGAGGCGCGGAGGCGCUGCUGCUCUCCUCCUGCUUCGACAGCAGCGCAAAGAUCUCUCUCUCAAGCUCUCUCUCUCCCCCGUUCCACACUUUUUAAGCGGCUAGUCCCUGAGACACGCUUGUUUUUAUUUGCCUUGAAACUCUCCAAGCGCUGACAAGGGGGAGAAGUAAAGAAAGAAACACUGAAGAGGACGCGCGGAACGGCAAAAUGAUGCUCCAACACCCAGGUCAGGUGUCUGCUUCAGAGGUCAGUGCCUCCGCAAUUGUCCCAUGCUUGUCUCCUGCCGUAUCACUGGGUUUUGAAGACUUCACAAACCUAACUCCAUUGGUGAAAGAAGAGUUGAGGUUCGCCAUCCAGAAUAAGCAGCUGUCCCACAGGAUGCCCUCUACCUUGGACACAGUAAUGGUUUCUGAUAGGCCUGCUGAAAUGUCUGCUUUAAAAGCAGAGUGCGCCCCUGAAGAAGAUGAGAGGAAAAAACGGCGAAGGGAGAGGAACAAGAUUGCAGCAGCAAAGUGUCGAAACAAAAAGAAGGAGAAAACUGAAUGUCUGCAGAAAGAAUCAGAAAAACUGGAAACCAUCAAUGCAGAACUGAAGGCUCAGAUUGAGGAGCUGAAGAACGAAAAGCAGCACCUGAUCUACAUGCUCAACCUUCACAGGCCCACGUGCAUCGUCCGGGCGCAGAACGGUCGGACACCAGAGGACGAACGGAACCUGUUCAUUCAGCAGAUCAAAGAAGGAACCUUGCAAGGCUAAGUGACAAUGCCGAGGUGCCCCUAUUAGGUCCUGCCUUUUAACUUCAAAACAGAAACAAAUAUCCACCAAAAACAUAAAUGAAUAACCCAAGCCAGAAGCCAUAGAGAAGUCAUCUUGGCAUUCGUGGUCUCUUCUUAGCCAAGAAAAGCGGAGGAGGUGAUGCGGUGAAGAAGAGAAAGCUGUUGUUAGCUUAGCUGUGGUUCUCCCCACUGAAAAAAGACUAGGCUGGGUUGAAGAGAGGUCCCUGCCUUUGCUUCAGGUCUGAGGAUCUGCCAUACUUGCUGUUCCCAGAAGCUGUACUCAUGGAAGCUCCAGACUUGUUAAGCCCUGGCAGGCACAGAGUACUUGCACUAUGAGUUAUUUCUGGCAGAACACUAUGACUCUCCACGAUGCACAACUUAGGGCCAACGAGGCUGAAUGAAUGGAGCUCAGCCGACUUCAGGUUGGGUCAGCGAUGUGGGUGGAGUGGCUUGUUUUCGUUUGCUUGUUGGUUUGUUUUGCUCUGUGCUUUCAAAAGAAAGAGGUAUGCAACUUCCAAAAUUGCUGCUUUCCGUUCCGAAAGGCAUUGCAAUAUAACGGGAAUUACUGUGUUUUGACAAUGUUUUAAAGUGAGCAUUGUACUCCCUUUUUUAUUGCUGUUGUUUUCACAGAAGCCCAUCUGUGGGUGUUUUUGAUGAGUCACGUCAGAGGGAAAUUGUGGGAGGACUUGACAGCCAUCAGCUCCUUGCAGAACUGCUCGUUCAGCUAAGUCUGCUUUUGCCACGUUGGAGCAUUAAUCUUCCUCCAUACCUGCCUUGCAUUUUAUUUUACUUUUUAAAGAAAGGGAAAUUCCCCUUGGAGGACCCAGCGCUUGAGUCAUAUAGACAGUAUUCAGAGUAACAUUACAAUAUACAAAACAGUGAUAUGCUAAGACCAGAUUUGAAAUGAAUCACCCUCUUUGAUUUGUAGCUCACAAUAUCUUCAUUCCUCAGCUUACGGAGCUUUCCUUGGCCUGAUCUUUCUCCAAGCAGGAACCAUUGGUUGCUGCCAGUUUGCAUACAUUAAUGAAUAGGUAAGCGUUCAUUGCAGGCAUAUGCAAAAUGUAUUCAACAGCUAACUUCAUAACUAUGCCAGGAAGAGAUUUAGGCCACAUCCUAUGCAUGCUCAGGCAAAAAUGGUCUUAGAACUCUUACCACUCUCCAGCUAGCCAUGCUGAGAGUUGCAGGAUAUCUUUCCGGAAGUUGUAGACAUUUUUCUGUAUAAACAUCCCUUUAAUAGCUUCUCUGCAGGCCUGGGAAAUGUCAUCCAUCAUUGUCCCAAGAGUCAGUGUAGUGCAGUGAUGCGAGCAGCUGUCCCCACAACCUGGUGCCCUCUAGAUGUGUAAGACCACAGUGCCCAUCAUCCCCAGUCAGGAUGACUAGGCAACGGCUCCUGUAAUGGGGAGAGAUUGGGGUCGCAGUCUGGUUGAGAAUGUUGGGCUAGGGCCAGGGAGGCCAAGGUUCCAGUCCACAUUGGCCCUGGAGUGAAUGAGUGACCCAAGCCCUAUUGCUGCAUCAAUAGCAGCCCUUGCACCUGCUUAAAGGCACAGGGACACCCUUCAGAGGUAGCACAGGCAUUCUUUAUGCCACAAGGCUUAAGACCAAGCAAAGCCAGGAAGCCGAUUCCAGCUAGGUAUCAGGAAAAAAUACCCGAUUGUUAGAGCACUAUGACAAUGGAACCCGUGCCCCAGGUGGUCUUGGUCUCUCCCAGGCCAGGAGCAUCCAAGAUGCAACUGGAGAGUUUCUGAGGGGGGUAGUUUAACUUGGCGUUCUGCACUGAGCAGGAGUUUGGACCUGGUGGCUCUCUGGCCCCUUCCAACUCUACAGUUCUAUGAUUAAUCCUCUCCUCCCCUCCAACAACAACAGUGGUUCUAUUUUGCUACCGUGCCUGGUGGGACCAUGCCAGUGCGCCACUGAAAUUCCUCAUUCCGGAGGAAUUGGAAGGAGUCCUGCUCCCUUUUCCACAUCGUGCCCAAGGCAUCCCUGACUGCUUGGCUUGCAAACUUCCAUCCACAUGCAGUUUGAGGAACUGCAGGGGAGUGUUUCAUUACAUGCACUCAGCUCCAGAACCUACCUGUGAGCAAUUCACGUGAAAGGCAUUUUUGCACUACAAAUAUGACUGGAAUUUGUGUGGACUGCAAACCAUCCCACAAGGUUUAGUUCCUUUUGCUAAACAACAUACAUAAAGGAAAGGUUUCCAGGUGUGGUUGUCUUUGUUCAGAGCUGGCCUACAUUAGGCAGAGUGGGGCACCCUCCUCUCAGGGCAGAUGCUGGGAGACAAGGAUGGCCCCUCCAUCUUUCCCCCUCACUUUGAGGGCAGAGCUGAGUACUCCACACCCCCUGUCCCAGGCCCGCUGAACUAGCUCGGGGUCUCAGGUAUGGUUCCCACUUCCAGAGCCGAGGGGAGAUUCCCCUGCCAGUCCAGUCCACUUUUGUGCGCUGACUGAGGAAGAGUGAGGGUGACACUGCUUUUCUCCUCAGGUGGCAACCUGUCUUGGGUAGGCUCCGACUUUAACUCACAGUAGUAGCAGUUUAAUCCAAAUCUUACAGCAGGUGUUGAAAAUGUCUAGUGACUUGCAUCAGUGAUGAACUCCCCAUGAACCUAGCAGAUUCUAAAACUGUCCAAUUUCAUGGCAGCUAAAGAAAAAAGGAGUUUGUAUUCCAAAUCCACUUUUAUUAGUUGCAUGCUAAUGGCACUCACCUCCCAAAAGAGCUCAAACUUGCCCUCUGCGACAAGCUCACCAAAAAUUCCAACACUGAAUUCUAAAACCUGAAUAAAACUCAAAGAUUUCUGCAGGUGAAUUUGAAUUUUAAUGAGAAUUCUCCUCUCCUUUCCCCCCGACUCCCCUUAUGAAGGAUUUUUUGCUUUCAAAUCUGUGGUCUGGCUGCUUUAAAUGGAAUGGCACAAUCAAUAUUGGAGAUACAGUAGAAUCAAAACAUGUAUCCAACCAUUUUUGCAGUGUUACACACACACAAACACACACACACACAAAUACCUCAGAACAGUAGUGUCUAAAAUUUAGACCCUGAAUCUCUGACUAGUACACUUGAAUCUGCUGCCUGUUGUAGCUUGCGUUGAUUUUUUUAUAUUCUGCAACAGAACUACUUAAUGAGCUUUUAGUGAUCUGGAUAUAUUGUAAUGUCCCUGUAAUGUCCAAUGCUGCAUUUCAAAUGUAUAUUUCAUGUAACAAAAAUGGAAGGAUAUGGGCCAAAUUCUGUCUCAUUGGAGAAUUAUUUUUUCCAUGCAAAGAAAACCCACUUUGCCAACUUUUGAGCUUUCCCUCGUGUCAUGUUGGAUGAUGGAUCCCCGUAAUGGCCUCUGCAUUGAUUGUGCAAUGUAUGGGGGUGUUGGGGGGGGGGGAGAAGAUGAUUUGCUAUAUAGUUAUGUGCAAUUUGUGAACAAGAACCUUGUUGAGAAGUAUUUAAUUUGAUUUCUGUAAUGAUGAACAUAUGCUGCCAUUUAUUGUGAAUACUAUGGGUUGGAACCGAGGAGCUGGGAGUGGAAAAAGCAUAGCAGGGAACUCUGUUGUGCAAAAACUAGCAGAAGAGUUUUCACAAUUCUAUCAGUUGCUAGGAUGGCCAGGUGCCCUACUAUACAGAGGACUAGCCUCUUUUUGAAGGGCUGUCCAGCCCAACUCUGGUUUAAAGAUGAAUAGCCAAAAGAAAAGAGAGCAGGUGUCUCAGAGUUGUCCAUCACUGAUAAGCACCAGGACUGACCAAGCAAUGUAUUACAGAUUUCCUCGCUAUGGGGAGAUAUAUUAGAAUUCUAUUUAAAUUAUUGUAAAUAUGAUUUCCAGAUUUGCAUUGUUACAUGUAAAUUAGCACAUGGAAAUCCGUGCCAUCUUUUUCUGUCUUGGCUGGUGCUGGUGGGUGCAUUCAUUCCCUCCGUUCGAAAGAUGCACGAGCAGGCGCUCCAUCAGCCGCUGUCUUCCACAUGCAGACCAGCUUGCAUAAACAGGAAGACCUCUUUGGGAGUCUGUUAUGCUUUGCUCCUGGAACCCGCUGCGGAUGAGCUGUGGAGCAGGCCCUCUGGGAGCCAAAGGCACCUUCUGCCCGCAGAAGGGCUGCCCUAGCGCAACCCUGGCCUGCCGGCAGAAGAGGCCACCAACACUAUGGCACCCGCAAGUGCUGCAUGCUGUAUCCAGGUCUCCCUGCUUUGUCCGUGCAUUUCAAAUGUUUCCAGAAGCAACCCGAACAAAUAAACAUUAAAAAGAAAACCUGGGCUCUGAUGCUGUCCUAUGUGCGAGGCUCUCGUAAAGAUGGUCUGUCUGAAGUUCAUCACAGAAUGGAUGUUCCUCCUUAAGAGAUUUUGAGAAUGCUGUUUUAGGUCCUAUAAAAAUGGCGCGGGCGUCAUACUGCUGCUUCCUCAAGUAAAAGCACCCCGGCUGUUAACUAGCAUGCCAGAUGUUUACUCCAGCACUGCUACUUUUGUCAAAGAUGAUCUUUGUCGGCUGCAGCUGCUUCCUCUGUGUGUGUGUGUGUGUGUGUGACCGUGUGUGAGUGUCUCCAGGUGGUAUGACAGUAUAUAUUUGUGUUGCUUGAGUGAAGCAAGGGACAGAGGUGCUGGAUGUGGGACUUCCAGCUCUAGUCUAGAAGGACCCGUGCGCUCUGGUCGCGCUCUGAUGGGGAGAAGGUCCCGCUGAUGCCUUCAUGCCUGUUUGCAGUGCUGCAGGUGUGACAGCAGCAGCAGCAUUUCCCCCGCUAGACAGAGCGCUGGGAAGCUCCUUGAAGGCCACUUGCUUGGCCUCGGAAUGGAUGGGGAGACCUGCAUGGACUUAUGUACCUGGUGUUGUUUUCUCUGAACAUUUAAUAAUGCAGUAGAGGCAAUUUGUUUUCUAUUAAGUUUUAUGUUUUGAUACUUUAAUAAUAAAAAGACUAAUACA